AUGCAAUGCCAUGUAUUGUGCAAGCCAGUUACUACCUUGAUUAUAGUUAACUUAGCUCUUGCUUUUGUCAAUGUACUUCUUAAAAUGGUUCUCAAUGAAGGAAUGGACUACAUGUCAAUUGUAACAUAUCGACAAGCAAUUUCAUUCAUCUUCAUGACACCUAUUGCAUGGUUCUAUGAAGGGAAACACAAACUGGAGGCUCACAUAAUAUGUCUCCUUUUUCUCUCUGCUCUUGUCGGAGUAACACUUCCCCAAUACCUGUUUCUUCUUGGACUUGAGUAUACAUCUGCUACAGUCUCAUGUGCAUUCCUCAACAUGGUGCCUGUAUUUACAUUCAUCAUGUCACUUCCAUUUGGGAUAGAGAAGGUGAACUUGAAAAUCAAAAGUGGUAAAGCCAAAACCUUGGGAGCUAUUGUGUCCAUUGGUGGAGUUUUGUUAUUAGCCCUUUAUAAAGGAAUUCCCUUAAAUAACCCACAAUCUCAACACAUAGAAAAUAGAUAUACAAAUGUGCCACCAGCUGCAAAGUUGGAGAAAUACAUUAUAGGUCCAAUACUUCUGACUGCAGGUUGCAUUUUGUGGUCUUCAUGGUUUGUUAUACAAGCAAAGAUUAGCAAAAAGUAUCCAUAUCAAUACUCUAGCACUGCUAUUUUGUCACUUUUUGCUACUAUUCAAUCAACAAUAUUAACUUUGGUCAUCAAGGGAAACAAUGGCUCAUGGAUCCUCAAAGGAAAGCUAGAAAUAGUGUGUAUAAUAUAUUCUGGAUUGGUGGGAUCGGGCUUGUGCUAUGUCGCAAUGUCAUGGUGUGUCAAACAAAGGGGUCCAGUUUUUACUGCAGCGUUUACCCCUCUUUUACAAAUAUUUGUAGCUGUUCUCGAUUUCUCAAUACUAAAGGAGGAAAUAUACUUGGGAAGUAUUGCAGGAUCUGCCUUGGUUAUUGUUGGCAUGUAUAUUCUUUUAUGGGGAAAAAGUAUCGAGGAAGAGCAAUGUGUCAUGAAGGAUACACAAGGAAAUCAAAAUGUAGAAAAUCAAUGA